AGCUUGAGCUACAUGAUUCGAUAUUAAUUGUAGCCUAGUUUACCUACCUCAAGUGUUAUGUUUUCUAGCACGAUAAACGUACAAUUUCUAGCAGUAGUGUGUGAAAUGUUGCAGACAUUUGGACAGACAGAUGUUAGUCUGACUGCUGCGGACUGAGAACCACUGACCGAGGCCUUGACUACUCUGCCCGGGGGACCUGAUGUGCCUGGUUGUGAUUAGUUAGCUGAACAGCUAGCUAUCGGUGAUGACUGGGAUGUAGCUAUGCAUGUUCCCUGGCGGAUUUUGACUCUAAUCUCCACCUGGUGACAGGACCCUGGACCUAAGUAUUCUAGUCUGUGCAUACUCUGUAACACAGUUAGCCAUGCUGGAAGCAGCUCAAUAGUGAGUGGCACUGAGUGGGAAACCCUAGUUUUUCUAAGCUCCUAUCAAAAGACUGACAUGUUCAUAUUACAAUGAGAAACUGAGAGGGUACAUAGUAAUAUUAAGUAAGACUGAAGUGGCCAAAGUGCUUGCAUUGGUAACCGAAUAGAAGAGCCAUCCUCUCAGUAGGUUGGCAGCGCCUGAGACAGCCAGGCCUUGAGGAUGACGAGCUUAUUUAGGCGUAGCAGCAGCAAUGGAGGCUCCAGAAGCAGUGGAGGUGGCAGUAGCAGUGGACAGGGGCAGCUCAACAACAGCAGACCCAACCGGCAGGUCAGACGCCUUGAGUUCAACCAGGCUAUGGAAGACUUUAAGACCAUGUUCCCCUCUAUGGACUACGAGGUGAUUGAGUGUGUGCUGCGUUCCAACAACGGAGCAGUGGACGCCACCAUCGACCAGCUGCUCCAGAUGAGCAUUGAUGGACAGGGCUCAGAAGACAGCUCGGACUCAGAUGACAGCAUCCCACCAGAGAUUCUGGAGCGUACCCUGGAACCUGACAGUUCAGAUGAAGAACCCCCUCCAAUUUACUCUCCACCAACAUAUGAUAUGCAUAUUUAUGACAGGAAAUAUCCAGAGGACCCACCAAACCCCCCUCCCCGAUCUGAAGGCCAAGCUCCUCCCGGUCAGCAGCAAGUCAGAAGCUAUCGGAACUGGAACCCACCUUUGCUUGGAAAUCUCCCUGACGAUUUUCUGCGUAUUUUGCCACAACAGCUAGACAGCAUUAAGCAGAGCUCUCAGAACAGUCUCUCUCAGCCUUCAUCAUCCUCAUCCUCCUCAGUUUCUUCAGCGAGCCAGUGGACAGCUCAGUCUGGUUCUGGGUCAGUAGCUGCAGGGACCACUGGAGGUUCAGGUUUGUCAACAGGAGCUACAGAGCAAGACAAGAAACUGAAGCAGUAUCUGGAGGAUGAGCGCAUCGCCUUGUUCCUGCAGAACGAGGAGUUCAUGAGAGAGCUGCAGCGCAACCGCGAGUUCCUGAUUGCCUUAGAGAGAGAUCGCUUGAAGUAUGAAUCAAAGAAAUCAAAGUCCAAUCAUUCAUCUAGCAUGGAGAGUUCCUCAGGAGAACACUACUCUGCCACUUCAAUGGAGGCCAUCUCAGAUGACGCGCUGUUCAGAGACAAACUCAAGCACAUGGGAAAAUCAACACGAAAGAAGCUGUUUGAAAUUGCCAGAACAUUUUCUGAAAAAACAAAGAGGAGAAAGACAAAAAGGAGAACGCUCCUGAAGCAUCACUCAUUGGGCACAGCCAACUCUACAGCCAAUCUCCUAGACGAUGUAGAGGGAAACACCUGUGAGGAAGAUGGUCAACUGAGAAGAGCACACACUCAGGAAGAGACUGAACAACACAAUGAGCCAGUAUCAUGAUCCUCCCUUGCUGCACCAUAUCAGGGUUACCAUGGCGACAACAGCCUGACCCAUGGGUGGUUGCCUUGCAGCUCUUCCUGUCCCCACCUGCUCACCCCACCCUAAUCCAACCAGCUGAUGUAAGGCUCAGCAAUGAGUUGAGACUUGCACCCCCCACCCUCCCUCUGGGGGAGAGGAACUGGACUGUUCUCAGUAUUGGGCUAAUUGUCUGUAAAUGUAUUAUCUCUGUAUUAUAACACUUUGUGGAUAUAUAGUUUUAAAUGUAGAGGAAAAUGCAUUAGUCCUAACAGUAUUUGGUAACUGCUUCCUUUAAUCAACUGAGAGGAACACUAGCGUAGUGAUUAUUUUUCCAUAUUUACAUGUGUUUCUUUUCUAGACCUCACAGUAGCAGACAACAUGUUUCUGAAUGGGGUCCCUCAGGCAGGGCAUUUCAAAUCCAAAUUGUGCACAUGCCCCUUUAUAUACACUAAACCAUGUAGAGCUUUUUUACCAUGUUUUCUUAAUCAAAUUUGAAUAUUUUGCUGUUUUUGAAUGUUAGGGGUUACGUAACUGAAUUUCUUAAACAUCAGAAUAAUGAGGCCAUAAAAGCUGUCGCUGCCCAAAUGUCAACGCUUCACCAUGACCCUUUUCACAUUUAAUAGACUCUGUUCUUAGAAAGCAUGGAUGCUACAUUGUUUAGAGCAGUUUGCUUUGUUUGGCAAGGAGAAAAAAAAAAUCCUAUUUGUAUUUUUAGUUACUGUAGCAGCACUACAAGUACAUUAGCACAGUUGUUGUAAGCUGUGUGUCAUAAUAUUGAACCAGAGUUUCAGACUGAGCCUGCAUGGGUAUCAUGCCCAGGAAAACAUGACCUUUGUGACUGAGUUUUGAAAAGCGAAAACAAUGAGUGUGGACAACUUGAAAGCCCUGGCACACAAGGAAUUAGUAUUUGAGUGCCGUCCGACCAAGUGUACAGAUGUUUUCUGGAAGGUGUGGAAGUAAAAAGGAUUUCACCAGAGGUUACCUGUGCAUGUGGUGGACUUAUUCAUGUGAAAAGACAGAAGUAGUUGUGUGGGGAAAAAAACUUGAGAGGGAUUAAAACACCUCCACACUGGAGGUCUUUAUGGGUCUGCUCAGUGCUGAGGAAGAGAGAAAUCCCAACCUGGUGCCUCAGUUGGACUCCAAAUCAUGCUCAGUUUUAUUAGGUUAAGUAGGGUCUCGUUUUACUGCCAUGUGUUGUACUGUCCUGUCAGUAUGUCCAAUUCCUGAGUUCAUUUGAAUGUACCAGAGCACAGCCAGUAUCAUCGUCAUUCAGUCAUGUCUGAUUUUUACAAAAGGUGGAAACGGAGCUGAAUUUCUAUUUAGAAUGACUCAUUAUUGUUGGUAUAUUGCUGAUGCUUCUGUUCUCUCUCUGGGUUUGGGUUCGGCUGUGUUAGGGUCACUCUCAGAUGAAGGCUCUCCUUUUUUGUAAAUGAAAACAUGCAUGUCAUGCCUGGGUAGGUUUCCCAUGGGUCUGUAUUGGUGAAAACAUCUCUUCCACAUAGCUGGCCGAUCACUGUGUCAAGUGAGUGACCACAAGAUUUUUAGUUCAGAAACAUUCAAAAAUUGCCACAUGCCGCCUGGCCAGUGCUAUUAUCAGACAGGUGGAGUCACGUGCAGUGUCAGACGUAGGGAUGGUAUCGUACAGAUUUUAACAGUAUUAUUACUUUAACUGGUACUGCUUAUAGGUCCAGUACUUUAAUGCUAUUUUUUCUGUACUUUUUGAUUGGAUUGUUUCUGUUGGUUUGUUCUGUUUCUUAAAGAGAAAAAACUAAGCAAAUUAAGAACAGAAUAAAGACUACUUAAUUUUCUCAUUCGUACUGUACUUAAAUUAAAAGACAGUCAGAGUGCUGUGGACAGGGUCACAGGUUUUAUUCCCAAAAUAAAAUAAUCUGCAAUCUAUUUCAUUGAACUGUCCAACAUUAAAUGACAAUUUAAAGCUCGACCUUGAACAGAUAUUAAGUAAAUAUUAGUACAUUGUGCUGGUAAAAGCUAUCUCACUAAAAAGAAUGCAGGACUUUAUACUAUAUACAGUACUUUUACUGUGUGAUUUUAAUAGCUCAGUGAAGAAAACAGUUGAAGUACUUCUUCUAGCGCCAACACCAACAUUUAGUCAGAGAAACGGUUAAAAUAAAGUCAGUUUAUCAAAUCAUCCUGCUGCUCAGUUCUGAACAAUAGUUCAGAUGAUGCUCUUACUUUCAGACUGAAUUUCUGAACACAGACAGUUUAACAGACAGCUGGCAAAUGCUCCCUUAUAAUCACAGUUUAGUUAACUCAGAGUGUGGACUGGCAUACCAUACCUGGUUAGUGAGAGAUGAACUCUGAGCUCAGCAGUCAAACGGAGCAUUUCUCCGUCUGUAUGUGAUAAACUUUUACUGGAAGUUUCCACAGUUUCUGCCCUGACAUACAAACAAUGUGUUACUUUUGUGGCAACGAACAUUUCCUGCAUCAGCUGUAGUGAACUUUAAUCAGACUACUGAACGUUGGUCACGUGUUUGUGCUGCACUGAGCUGCAGGUGAGUGAUGGAGAGGCUCCGCCCCUCAGACACCAGGAGUUCUGUCUGUCAGAACUACAGGCUGUGACAGACAGAACUCUGUUUUAGAUCUAGAAAGCUGAAGAGCAUCAUAGACACAUACAUGUCAGACACAUGUCAUGCUGAGCAGACAGAAUGUGUAAUGCAACAAUCUUCUUAUAAAGUACAGUUAGAACCGUUACUGUCGGAGCUUCUCGAUCCUCCAGUAUUUAUAAUAUCACACCAGGGUUUCUUAAAUAAUCGGUCUAACAUACCAGACUAUCUCCCCAGCCAAAGUAUACUUGCUGACACAGAGGUGAAGUGUGUUAAAUUCUUAAUUAAGUCAUUUAGUUUAGUUUUUUUUUUUAACAGAGGUAUGCUCAGCAAGCAAAUCAUUCUGAAAGAACAUAACUAGAAUGUCCUUGAGCUAAUUACAAAUACUUCAAAUCAAAAGGAAAAACUAUCUUGCACACUAAGCUAAAAAUUAUGCUGUAAGCAAAACAUUAUCAAAGAAGGUCAACAUUGGCAGUUAAUUUCAGUUAUUGUAGAACUGAUUUCAAUAUAAUAUCUAUUUGUAUUACCUUUGUAUUGAGCUUAAAUUAAGAUUGGCUUGAUUUGUGCUCCAUAAAUAAACCAUUACAUUAGCAUAAUGUCUCAUAGUAUAUUUUGCCUCAAAUCCAUCUAGCCAUCAUCUAUAUGCCGCUUAAUCCUCAUUAGAGUUGCUGGGGGGCUGCUGUCUGUCCCAGCUGACUUAGGAUGAAAGCAGGAGGUAACUGGACAGGUAACAGUCUAUCACAGGGCUACAUAUACAGACAAACAAUCACACACACAUUCACACCUACAGACAGUUUAGAAUCACCCAUUAUCCCCAGCAUGUUUCUGGACUGUGGGAGGAAGCUGGAGAACCUGGAGAAAACCCACACAUGCACAGGGAGAACAUGGAGACUCCAUGCAGAAAGAUCCCGGGCCAGGACGUGAACCUGGGAUCUUCUUGCUGCAAAAUAACAAUGCUAACCACCGAGUCAGUGCAGCCCUAUGUAGCUUUAAAGAUUUGAUUUAAUUUCAUUGAUAUGUGCUUACAUUAAGAUAAAAUUGAUUUAAUUGAUGCCAUCUUAUAUUACAUGGGAUGUAUUGUAGCCUGGAAGGGUGUAUUCUAGGCUAGGCUAUUUCAGCCCCUGGGCUAUAAAUUGGGCUAAGCUAAACUAUACUUUGGCUGGGGGUUUAAUCUGGCCUGUUACACACAGAUUAAGUCAAUCUUAGUUUAAGUACAAAUCAAAGACAAUAAAGAGAUAUACUAAAGUCUGUUGUACAGAAACAACUGAAAGCAACACCAGCCAACAUGGAUGUGUUUUCAUAAUGUUUUGUUAAAAGUUUUCUUGGUUUUACAUGUGACAGACUGGCGACCUGUCCUGGGUGUCCCCUGCCUUCGCUCGAGUCAGCUGGGAUAGGCUCCAGCACCCCCGCGACCCUAGUGAGGAUAAAGCGGUGUAUAGGGAAUGGAUGGAUGAAUGGUUUUACAUUCAGUUUUUCCUUUUGAUUUGAACUAUUUUAAUUGUAAUUAGCUCAAGAAUAUUCUAGUUAUGUUCUUCCAUAAUGAUUUGCUUGCUGACCAUACCUCUUUGUAAAAACAAAAACAAAAAACAACUAAAUAAUGUAAUAAUUAAGAGUUUAACACGCUUCAUCUUUGUGUCAACAAGUAUAAAUUAACAGGCUGAAGUAGACCCUGGGGUAUGCUCUGGCCUCUUACACCAGGGCUCAGUACCCAUCCCGAGUCAGAGCCUGGUUGAAUGUUGAAUAAAGUGCUUUGUUUGAAGUAGAGCAACAGCAUAUGGUUGUCCUACCUGCAGACCGAUUCCUCUUUCAGGUGCUUGCCGCCACAACUUUGAUGAAAAUAAAAUGAGCACGAUGCCCAGUAUGGCUGAAUUACCUGCCUGCUAUUUUCAUAUUGUGGUGGCUACAUUCUGUAAAGACCGCACACCUGUGGAUGCCUGGGAGGGAAGAACAGCUUCACAUGUGUCGGCAUGGUGGGAAGCCAGUGAGAGUUGUCAGCUGUGUUGCUGCAGUAGUGACUCCUGCUGGUUGUUUGGUCUCACCAUAGAGACACAACCCCGCCACAUGGUGAAGCCCGUUGCUGAUACAUUGCGGAAGAAAAAAUUAGACUUGAAACAGUGUCUCACACAGCAUCCCUUUGUGGGACAGCAUUAAAAGGAAGUGUAGCUUCAAAUGGGAUGCCGUUCUCAGUGAAUGCUGACAAGCAUAGACCCUUGUAUUUUUAAGAGUGUGUCAUGUUGGUUGUGCAUUUUUGACCUUCACUGUAUUUUUUUCUGUUCUGACUUCUGUUCUUGCCUAUUGAACCAAACUUGGAGUCUCAGAUUUGCUGCUCUAGACAUGUCCACAGACGUCCACUGCUUCAUUUAACAUGUUGCUUAUAUUUUAUCAGGUUUCCAGAAUUCUUGCAAUGAACCAAAACUACAUUUUUGAGAUGUUAUGAAAAUAAUAUCACUCUGACUUUGCCAUAUCUUUGAGUAAAUCAAAGCUUUGUUAUCCUGUCUUUUCUAAAUUCUACAUUAUUAAUGGCAGUGUGGCAUUAUGUACAGUGAAAUAAUGAAUGGUUGUGAUUUCCACAUGAACCAGGGGAGAAUAUUGUAUGUGAAUUGUGACUGACGAUGCAACAACAGAAAAAAAAAAUGCUUGCAAGGUUUGGAUCUCCCUCUUUUUACCGGUUGUUUUUAAUUAUAUGUGUACAUGUAGAACUAGCAUAAAUGUGUAAGUAGUCACAGUCUAAUUUAGCCUCUGUGAGCAGGUAAUGUGUGCCGUGUGUAUGAGAAACUUUACAAUGCCAUGCUUCCAAGAGAACUGCCUGAUUUGAAACUAGACAGAUUAAAUGAAUUACAAGAAGUAAAAUCAAUUAGUUUUCUCAUUUCGUGCAUCAAGGGGUUCAGAAAAUCUCUCCAAAUUAACCUUUCUGGAUUUGUAUUUUAAGUGUUGUUUAUCCUAUCAAUUAAAAAUACUUCAAUGUGA